AUGAACUGGGCCCUGCUGAUGACCGGUUUUCUUCCCGUGGCACUCGCAGCCGCCGUGCCUCAGGAUAUUGACAUUUCUGUGAGGGAUACGACGGCUUCGAAGAUUAUCAAUAUCCACCUCAAGUACCCUGAUUCGGCUUUCAAGGAACAUGUCUUCACUUACGGCAAUUGUGGUAGCCGUAGUUUCUCUAGCUCUCAGUUGACCAUUGCACAUGGUUCCGGAGGCGUGAAAUCUAGCGAAGAUACUCGAUUGGUUUGGGUCGUCCCCGAUGAUGUCUCCUCCGGAGGAUGCAUUAUGGCGUGGGAGAAGAACAAGAUCCUGAUCGGGCAGAGUGAGCCACUGGCUUUGGAAGGAAUCCUGCGACCCAAGUUGACCAAGAGGGAGCGCAUUUUAAUGACAAAUGGCUCUGGUAUCGAUGCAGAGGGCCCAUGGUUCAAUGGGGUUUCCCUUCUCAAGAACCAAGAAAUUGGGACCGUUGAUGUGGCGAAGGCAAAAGGCAAAGCUAUCGGCAUUCUCGGGGCUGGAAUAUCGGGGUUGAUGACCUAUUUUCUCCUCAACAGCGUUGGCUUUACAAACCUUGAGAUCUCCGAGUCCACCGACCGAGUUGGAGGUCGCAUUUGGACUGAAUACUUCGACUUGCCCGACUCAAAAUACCAAUACCAAGAGAUGGGAGCCAUGCGAAUUCCUAUCACCGCAACAUUUCCAAUAGGCAACGAGACUCUGACGUUGAAUUUUACUAGCCAUCAAAUUGUGUUUCAACUAGCAGACGCCUUAAAUGAGUUGAACAAACACGACGAAUCACUUGCCGUUGACUGGAUCCCCUUCAUCCAGGACAGCAAUAAUGCCCUUUCCUUCAUUGAGAACAAAAGAAACGCAGACGGCUCAAUUCCGACCAUUGGUGAUGUUGCGAAUAAUAGCUCUCUCGGUGCUGCGUCCCUUCACACCCCCGAGUUAGACAAGUUGAUGGGACAGUUAGGCAAAAUCAUGUACGAUCCUUCGAUGAUGAACCUAAUUGCCAGCAACCUCUACGAAGCACACAAGAAAUUUAUGGACGUCGGUCUCAAUGGCAGAGGCGGAGACAAUUGGGCUCAGGGGAGCUACCUUCAUAAUGUAUUGGGCUUUGAUCUAAACACCACCGGUUUGGCUGGAGGACUUGCCUCUGCUUCUGCUUCUGCCCCGUUCUGGGUAAGCCUGUACGAUAACUUGUUUUUCUCUUCUAAGGAAUGGAAAACAAUUGACAAAGGCAUGAGUCGACUGCCAAACGCCUUCAAGCCGCUCGUCAAGGAUGAUCUCAGAUACCGCAGGAAGAUCCAGAAGGUCGAAUUUCUCGAACAUGAGAAGAAGGUGCAAGUUUCUUGGAAGAACCAUUACACCGACCGUCAGUUCCAGAAUACCAGUUAUGACUAUGCCUUUGUCGCCGUACCCUUUACCGUUGUUCGUAAAUGGGAACUUCCAGAGUUCUCUACAAUCCUCACCGACGCAAUUGCUCAACUCGGCUAUCAAUCUGCCUGCAAAGUGGCGCUGGAAUUCAAGUCACGAUUUUGGGAGCAUUUGGAACAGCCGAUCUUUGGUAGCUGCAACACCAAAACCGACAUUCCCGGUAUUGGAAAUGUCUGCUAUCCUAGCUUCAACGUGAAUAGUACAGGCCCUGCGGUUAUUCUCGCCAGUUAUAACCAAGACGACUAUGGCUACCGCUGGGUUUCCACGCCCGAAAAGGAGCAUGCUCAGUACGUCCUGGAUGCUUUUGCCCAGUUACAUGGAGAUAUUGUGUACGGAGAAUACACUGGAAACUUCAGUCGUCUGUGUUGGUUGGAGGAAGAGUCCAAUGCGGGCGGCUCUUGGGCUUUUCCAAGUGUGGGUCAGCACGAGCUGUAUAUUCCAUCUUACUUCAACACGGAGAACAAUAUGAUUUUUAUUGGAGAACACACAUCGUACACCCACUCAUGGAUUGCCUCCGCUUUGGAAUCCUCCGUUCGUGGAACAGUACAGCUUCUGCUAGAACUUGGAUUAGUCGAUGAAGCAAAGGAAAUUACCACGACGUGGAUGGGUAGAUGGGUUACUGUUUAG